ACUGCGUGUUGUAGAGAUGUUUAGCUUCACGUAAACGUCGUAUGAGGCAUGUUUUGUCUCAUGCAUGGGUUUUUCUGUUAAAAUCCCCAUAGAAUUUUGGGAGGUGUAGUUUUUUUUUGGUUUUGCUGCAAUAGGAGCGUUUUUGCUAAAGGACUACAACCCCCACACUAAUUGAUAAACUGAGACUGCGCUUGAAAAUACGGAAGUGAGAUGGAAAGAAAACAAGCAGGUAAAGCCCUUGUGGUAAAUGGAAAUGCAGGUGGGAGCCGUGCAAUAACAGAGUGACCAAAUGGAGGAGGAGAAGAAGUUAAAAAGAAAAAGCCCCAAGACCUCCACCAGCCAGGCAGCUCCCACUGGCAAUAUUAAGAAAAAUGCUAUGCCUGCCAGUAGAAGCACUGCCUUCACCAGUAUGGGAGCUCAAACAUCAAGUCAAAAAAGAAAAUUUAAAAGGGGCAUGAGAGAGAAAACACGAUCCCAGGGUGCAGCAGGAAAAAACACGCAGUCUGCACCAAUCCAGCACUCCUUUCUGACUCAUGUGUCUGAUGUUCAAGAGAUGGAAAAGGGCUUGCUCAGUCUCCUCAACGACUUCCACUCUGGCAAACUCCAGGCCUUUGGUAAUGAGUGUUCAAUCGAUCAGAUGGAGCAUGUGCAGGAUAUGCAGGAGAAGCUGGCUCGCUUGAACUUUGAUCUCUAUGGGGAAGUUGAGGAGUUGCCAAAGGAAAAAAGAAAGGGGGCCAGUGACUCUAAUCUGGACAAGUUGAUGUCAAAUCUGGAGGAACUCAGUUCUUCAAUACAAAAGUUAAACCUGGCUGAUAUUCAGGAAGUGCCCCGGACCUCCAGCAUCUGAAUUACGGACACAAACUUUCUAUUGACCAUCAUCCUGGCAGGAACACCACGGCCUUCUCAGUAACCUAUCGCAUCAGCACCAACUGAUCUGAUUAAGAGCAUGUGCAGUAUGUGGCACACUUUCCAGAAUUUCAGAUUAUAGGUUAAAGGUUAAGGCUAUAGCUAAGUGAACAGACUAAAUACUACAGUAUGAUUUUAAAAUGUAAACCUAUUUAAACCUCUAUUGAAUUUAGCAUUUUUAUCAUAAUGCAAUUUAAUUCAUCAAAACAUUCAGUUCAUUAUUCAUCUCUGUGCAUCCAUUACUAUAACACAAGAUAUGUAUAAAUUAAGUUUGUCAAUUAAUCACAGUUAACUUCUGCGUGAAUUUCUUUGGAGAUUACAUUUUUUUAACGUGUGUUAAUUGCACUCCUGUUUUGACCCUUUUGGCAUACCGUAUUUCACUCCCUGCAGCACCAUUUUAAUAAUAUACUCAAGUGCAUGCAACACAAUGAAUGCAAUUACCGUUUGCAUAGAAAUUUAUUCAUAUAACUGCAUUAUGGAGCAAAGUACUAAAAGUAUAAUAGUAUUUACAAUUAAGGAGAAUAUAACCGGUAAUGAAUGCUUUUGUUUUGUUUAGACAAUUUUAAGUUCCAUUGUGAUUUAGCAGUUGGUUCAAACAACAGUUUUUUUUAUGCUGGGUUGUUUUUUGGAUGAUGAUGAUGAUAAUAAUCAGCAACAAUACAAUACAAAUGUCACUUGUAUAGCGCUCCAUGCAAGCAUUCCAGGGUGCUUUACAAAAUAAAUAUAAAAACAGGAUUUAAAAGAUUCAAUUAUGCUAGAAUUCCUGAUAUCAAUCUGGAGGAAUUCCCAAAGAUGAAGGGCAACUAAAUGCCCUGGCUCCAACAGAGUUCAAAUUAAUUUUAGGGACUGUCAGAAGAGUAGCAUUUUCCGAUCUCGGGGAACUACCAGGGACAUGGUCAGCAGAUCUUGAAGAUAAGAAGGUCCAAGACCAUGUAAGGCCUUGUAGAUAAUAAUAUGAACUUUAAAAUAAUAAUAAUAAUAAUAAUAGCAUCAGUAAUAAAACAAACUUGAAUGAGAUACAUGCAUUAAUUAUAUCAUUUAAAUAUGCAAUUAAAACUAAGAUUAAAAUUUGUAAUUGCAAGAUUCAUUUUUUUAAUUGCUUGACAGCCCUAGUAGAAGUACUAAAAAGAAACCUCACAAGACAUUGAUAAAGACUUCCCAUCAACAGUUAGCAAUGUUUAAAAAUGUACUACUUUUGUAUUUCUUUUUAUUCUCUUUUGCUAAGUACCUGUGAAGUGUGCCUUUUAACACGCUGGUUCUUAUUUUAUGCACAUUGACUUUGGACAAUCUUUUAUCCAAUCCUCCACCUAUGGUAUCCUAGAGUGCCAAGAAUAUUAAAGUGUGUACUGUGUAAACUAA